AUGCAAUCUCUUCGGGUUGCUCAACCCAAGCUGACGCCCCCGAUCUACCUCCUCUUUCGUCUAUAUUACGCGCUCACCCCCGCAUACAAGGAGAGUGGAACCUCACUAGCAUGCAUCCUGACUCAAAUACGCCGUCUGCCAGGGGGACGCGCAGCAGCAACACCAGCUGCAUCUAGAACCUCGUCCACCAUCAAUCCUAACGCCUUCGGCCAAUCGAUCGGGGAAAUUUUGCCGCCCCCACCUAGCCACGCUCAGCCCAGUGAUGUUAUGUUGAGUACCGGAGAAGUCUCGAAGGAGAUGAACGCCAUCAUAGCAUUAUUGGGCGACAUGCUGGCAAAUCAGCGCGUCAAUGCACCAGUCGGGAGAAUACCUGACGAUGAAGCACGUCUUGUCAAGGCGCUGUAUGAGAGUGAGGAAAAGGGUCAAACCUAUCGCCAGGCCUUGGAGGUCCUCAGUGGCGCAAGUCAAUAA